AUGGAUGACAGUAGGUUUCGCCAGCAAGCUCCGCCCUCGGGUGAGCAUGCUCCUCCCCCUCAGCCGGUUCUGACCACUGCCGGAUUCCAUGUGCCAAUAGAUGCGGGAGAUGAGAAGGAGCAGGAUCAGGUUGAUCACUCUCGGUACAGUCGGUCGGCGCUGAAGCUUGAUGAGGAUGGCUGGCUGCCCCUGGUCCAAGCUGCAUACGAGGACGAGAAGCGCACCAAAAACACAUUCAUCAAAGAUUGUGAUAUCGACAUUUGGACAUAUUUCGCGGACGAAGCAUUGUCUACAGUAGAGCCGGCUAUCCUCAAGGCCAUCUGCUACGGGGACUUGAACGCCACUUGCAAAGGCGAUGUUGGUCUGAGCAAGAUUGUCCAAUCGUACGAGGACCGUAGCGACACUCAGGCGACCGUCUACUUACAUCAGAUGACGGCAAAGGAUCUUGCUCUGGUUGCUCUGCAGUACGCGAACGCGCUUGACACAUCGUAUACUAGCUAUCAGGCGUAUUUGAUCGAUCAUCAAGCAGAUCAGAACUGGCUUCUUGCGGACACCGACAGCGGACGGCGCCAUUUCAUCGAGGGUAGCAAGGGAAACGUCGACAAUGGAAAGAAGCGGGUGCUACUGGGCUUCUCGCGCGCGCUGACUCGUCUUGCCGAUGAAGCGACAAAGGAGAACAAGACACACAUCCCCUUCCUUCAGUAUGUCGGCUACGCGAUCAAAGGAACUCAGCGCAAGAAGCAACACGACUUACUGACCAGCACGAGCUGGCUGUUCCUGUUUACUAAGUACAUUUGCGCGACCUGGAAGAACUUUCCUCCAAUCAACAUGCACAACUUCACUGUAUGUCUCAUCACCGAGGAGGUUGUUGGCCCCGUUGCUGAAAUGCUUCUCACUCGCCUUGCCCGCGCAUACUACUUCGCCGGCGGCUUCAGCAUCGGUCAGGCUGGUGCCAGUAUGUCAAGCCUAAGGUUGGCCAAGCUCUCACAAGUCGACCGGGAAAAGGUCUGGGAAGAAAAUGCUCAGUACGCCAAAUCCAUGACCAAUUACACUCAGAUCCAGGCAAAAGAGUUGGCUUCCCGCAAGAAUCUGCAGAAGACCGAUUACGAGAAGAUAAUGCGUCAGAGGGAUGAUGAGAUAGCGCAGCACAAGCAAAAGAUUGCUGCUAUGUGUGACCAUUUGGCCGAGUACCGGGCGCAGAUCGACGUGGCACUGUGGGAGAAGGAGUUUCCAGAGGAGUUGCAAGAGUUCCGAGACUUUGAGAAGUUCGUGGAGGAGGAAACCAACAAGUUCCAGGACUAA